CUUAACCUGCUGGUCAUCAUCUCUAUCUCCCACUUCAGGCAGCUCCACACCACCACCAACAUCCUCCUCCUCUCUCUGGCUGUCGCAGACUUCCUUGUGGGUUUGGUGCAGAUGCCAGCUGAAAUGCUCCUCUUUCAAGGCUGUUGGAUCCUGGGUGAAAUAAUGUGUGCUUUUAUGUACUUUUUGGGUCCCAUUCCUAUCUGUGCUUCAGUAGGAAACAUGGUGCUCAUAUCAGCCGACCGCUACAUUGCCAUUUGUGACCCCAUGUUUUACUCCACCAAAGUCACUCUGAGAAGAGUUCAGUUCUGCGUUUCUGCGUGCUGGAUUGGUGCUACUAUGUACAACGUUUGGACACUGAGGAAUUCUGUGGAAGAUCCAGAAAGGUUUAGCACCUGUUAUGGAGAGUGUAUAUAUUUAGUUAAUUUUGUUGAAGGAGUUCUUGACAUUAUUUUGAGCUUUUUUGCCCCCAUUCUUGUCAUCAUAGUUCUGUAUGUCAGAAUAUUUGUGGUGGCUGUGUCUCAGGCUCGAGCCAUGCGCUCUCACGUUGCAGCUGCCGCACAGCAGCGCUCAAAGACAGUGACACCUAAGAAAUCUGAGAUGAAAGCAGCCAGGACACUUGGUGUUGUUGUGGUUGUGUUUCUUCUGUGCUUUUGUCCUUAUUAUUGUUUCACCAUUGCAGGUGAGAACGUCAUGCUAACAGCGUAUAACGCAGUCUUUCAAGUUUGGCUGUUGUAUUUUAACUCCUGUCUAAACCCUGUGAUCUAUGUCUUUCUCUAUCCCUGGUUCAGGAAAUCUAUUAAACAAAUUGUUACAUUUCAGAUACUGAAGCCUGGCUCCUCUGACACUAACAUAUUGUAG